AUGUGCGAGAUCAUCGAUUUGGAGGACGACGACGACGACGACGACGUCAUCCUGUUGGAGCCCGCGCCAGCACCGCCGCGCGCUGCAUUUGUGCUCUGUGUGGGCGUGGCCACAGGUGACGAACAGCUCCUGGAUUUCCUCGAGCGCCGGAACGUCUCCAGCGUGCUUGAUGCAAGGGAAAGGCCCGAGCGCCACGUCUCGCAGCUGCGCCGCCGCAUGGGCGCGGCUGGCCUGGUCUUCGAGUGGUGCCCGCUGAGCGGAGGCAGUGGUCCUGCACGCGCGGCCCUGGCAGCUGCAGCAUUGCGCCUGGCUGCAGCUGCCCGAGGUGGUGGCCGUCCUUGUGUACUGUUUGCUGGCGAGGACUGGCGCGGCUGCGGCGUGCGCGCUCGCCUAGCGCAGCAGCUCUGCCAGAGGGGUGUGGCGCUGCGCCAUGGUGAGGAGGAGGAGCCAAGUGCUGCCAAGAAGGGAUAA